AUGUGCCAAUCACCAACAAUCCAGGCAUUCGCAGCUGAAACUAAUUUGACCGACGAAGAAAUGGACAAAAUGCAGGAAGUAAUGUCGUCGAUUGCAUCGGGCUCUAACACCAACUUCAGCAGUGCUGAAGCGGCCAAUUUCAACUUCUUUACUAUGUACCUGUUCUUACUCAGUAAUAUGUUUGACAACAACAACACCAUCAACAACAAGAAAAAAAAAAGAGCUGAAAAGAAGAUCUCAUAA